AUGACUACGUGUCUGGAAAGGUGUAUUAGCCGCACGGGCGUUGAGGAUUCCAUCGUGCAUGUACGGGAAAGGAUUUGGAAGGUGUCUGGCCAGUGUAUUGCAUGUACCUGCUUAUGCGGGUAUCCUGCCAAUGAUUUGCCUGUACCUAGAUGGAGAUUACUCUGUAGGCGUCCGACCAGUGAUUUGCAUGUACCUGCAUUGAGAUUACUCUACAGGUGUUCGGCCAGGAUUUUCCCUAACCACCUGCCCGAUUUUUCUACACAGGAUAUUGAUUGCCACCCUGCUCAUGUUAUCUGCACAGGGUUGGCCAGGAUCCUUAGCCACCUGCCCAAUUUAUCUACACAGUCACAACCCAGAUGUCCUAAACUUUCGAACCCUAGUUUGACCGUAGCGAAGCCGGCGGAACGCACCGCCUCCAUUCUUGACCUCCAGAUCAAAGUGACUGUUGCAAAUCCACGGAGAAGUGAAAGUGGCGACUUCCGGCGUCGUUGUGAACGGAGUGGGAUCACACAGAAAAAUCAUAUGUUAACUUUGUCUGGCCUAAAAGUAGAAAUGGAUACUGUUGGAAUAUUGGUAUGCUACAAUGGAAGUUGGGUUAAGAAGGAUAACAUUGAGAGUUACGAAGGUGGGGAGGCUAAAGGCACAAUAGUGUCACGGAACGUAACGUUUUCCGACCUUGUUCAGCGCAUUUAUAAGAUCAUGGAUGCAAAUCCCACGAAAUAUAUUGUCACACUGAAAUAUUCAGUUCCUGUAUCCUCAUCUGUCUGUAAGCAUAUAAGGGUUGAAGACAAUGAUGAUGUUAAAUAUUUUGUAAAGUACAACACAGAUGUUAUGGCCUCUAAAGUAACCCCUUUAGUAGCAAGCUUAAAAUAUAUUGAAGGUCAUGGUAUUGAAGGGUGCAAUGGCAUUGUAAGCGUUGAGAGUAGCAAUGCUCCUGCUGACUUUGUUGUGGAACAAAGAAAUGUGGUAAUUCGGGACAAUGAAACUGAAAAUGGUGGGAAUGAUUUUAAUUGGUGUGAUUGGGUUGAAGAAGUGAAUUUUGAAAGUGGUGAAAACAUAGUUGCUGAUUUCAAUGAACCUAGCAACGAAGAGGAACCGCAGUCUGCUCCGAUUCUGCAUCCUUAUGAGGACAGCAAUGUCAAACCGUCCACUGUGCAAUGUAGACAGGUGCAAUCUGAACCUCCCCGACAAUCAAGUUCGACUGAAAUGCAUACAAGUCGGGGUGAUUUGAAGCAUGGUCAGAGUUUGGAAUAUAUUCAGUAUGGUGGAGGCGUUUCGUGCAUAAAUUGGGAAGCAAAUUUGAAGGUUGGCCAAGUUUUUCCAAAUAAGAUUGCCCUUUUAAAAACCAUUAGUUUAGCAGCUAUUACAGGCCACUUUCGAUUGAGAACUGUCCAAUCUGGGAAGCAUCGGUUGUGUGUUCGCUGUUGGCAGCUUCCUUGCCCUUGGAAAGUUCGAGCAUAUAAAGUUGGAUUACAUGAGUUUAAGGUUGUUAAAUACGAUCCACUUCAUGAAUGUGAUACAACGUAUAUAAGUAGUCAUCAUCCUCAAGCUACGACUGAAUUGCUGUCUGACUGUGUUAAGUGGAGAUUUCAAAAUUCGCGCAGCAUUUAUACAGCAGCUGAUAUCAAGAAAGAUGUGAAACAAAAUUUCGGUGUGAGCAUAAGCUACUCUACAGCGUGGAGAAGCCGAGAGUUAGCUUUCAAAAGAAUUAAAGGGUCUGCAGAAGAGUCGUAUUCCCUUCUCCCUUCCUAUUGUUAUGAAUUGGAGCCAAUUGGUGCAUGCAUACGAGGAUUUAAGUCGUCAAUGCGGCCCGUGAUUGCUGUUGAUGCUACUCAUUUGAAGUGCAAGUAUAGAGGUGUUUUGUUUGUUGCGACCGCAUUUGAUGGAAAUCGGAACAUAUAUCCUGUUGCCUUUGGGAUUGGAGAUUUGGAGACGGAUGCAGCUUGGGAGUGGUUUUUGAGAAAACUACAUUGUGCAAUUGGUGAUUGCUCGAAUCUCGUUGUUAUAUCAGAUCGCAAGGUUAGCAUACAGAAUGGGUUGCGUAGAGUUUUUCCUGGGGCAAGCCAUGGUAUUUGCUUUUAUCACUUGAAAGGCAAUAUCAAAGCCUCAUUUAAGUUGAAGCAGCGGGAUCCGAUAUUGGGGUAUUUUGUAAGGGCAGCUAAGUCUUAUCGUCUAGCGGAGUUCAAUCGUCACUUUUCCAGGAUAAACAAUGACCGAGUGCGAACUUAUUUACUACGUGCAGGCGUCCAGAAGUGGUCUCGGGCCCAUUGUGAUGGACGACGAUAUAAUGUGAUGACAACGAAUAUUGUGGAGUCCAUUAAUUCAGUUCUUCGGUUUGCAAGGAUGCUUCCGGUGCUACACUUGAUUGACGAAAUUACAAAUCUACUUGUCUGUUGGUUUAGGCAACGUCGAGAGUUAGCAAUGAAAUCUCAUUCUAUGUUGUGCCCUGAUUUAGGGGAAAUUAAGUUAAGGAAGAGGUUAGACGUUGCGUCAAGGAUGAAUGUGGUCAAAAUCAAUGAGGUCGAGUAUAAUGUUCUGGAUGGUGAUUUGAACGGUCUGGUGCACUUGCAAAACCGUAGUUGUACAUGCAGGAAGUUUGACUUGGAGCAACUCCCGUGCAAGCACGCUAUUGUGGUAUGUCGGCACUUGAAAUUGAACCCCUACUCCUUUGCCUCUUCUUAUUAUACACGAGCUACAUGGGCAGCUGCAUAUGCUGAAUCUAUUUAUCUUGUACCACCUGAAGGCACAUGGGUUAUUCCCGAAAAUUUGAAGAAGGUCAAAAUCCUCCCUCCUCUUUGUAAGGUUAUGCCGGGCCGUCGCAAAACGCAAAGAAUAGCUUCUAAAGGAGAGGAGUCCCGUCAAAAAAAAUGCUCAAGGUGUGGUGUGAAGGGCCACUACCGAAGUACAUGCAAACAAUCUGUCCCUCUCACCAACAAGCAGCACGUUGCGUAG